UAUUCCUGUUGGAACAAGGGAAAGAGCCAUGGAUGGUGAAGACAGAGCUGAUGGACAGUUUGUCCACAGGCUGGGAGUCUGUAUGUGAGACUGAAGAACUAAUCCCAAAGCAGGAACUCUAUGAAGAACAGUCAUCCGGAAAGACAGUCGAAGAACUUAGAAGUCUUGGCCUGGAGUAUCCCAGUUUGGUGGGAGGAUGGAGCUGGGGACAUCAUUUCAAGAGGCAAUUUGGGAAUUUAAAGGCUUGUCUCAAGGAAGAGAACAUCGCUUUUGGAGCUUUCAUUGAUAACAGGUCUUGGGGAAGUUUCCGCCAGAACACCUUACUUGGUACACGACAGGCAAGCCCAGAGGAAGAGAAGGUGUACAAAGAAGGCACACACCAGAAGAGCUGGAGCAAAAGCUUGAAGCCUCUUAAGCCCCAGAGCGUCUGCACAGAGAGGAAACUUCUGAAAUGCAGCGGCUGUGAGAAGGCUUUUAGCCAGAGCUCAUCCCUUACUCUUCAUCAGAGAAUCCACACUGGAGAGAAACCCUAUGCCUGCAGAGACUGUGGGAAAGCCUUCAGCCAGAGAUCCAACCUUGUCCAGCAUCACAGGAUCCACACCGGAGAGAAACCCUACGCGUGUAAGGAGUGUGGGAAGGCCUUCAGCCAGAACGCACAUCUAGUUCAGCACCUGCGAGUUCACACCGGAGAAAAGCCUUACGGCUGUAAGGUGUGCGGGAAGGCCUUCAGCCAGUUUGCCUACCUCGCUCAGCACCAGAGAGUUCACACUGGAGAGAAGCCCUAUGAAUGUAUCGAAUGUGGGAAAGCUUUUAGCAAUAGGUCAUCCGUUGCUCAACACCAGAGAGUUCACACCGGAGAGAAACCUUAUGAGUGCAGGGUCUGUGGGAAAGCCUUUAGCCUUCGUGCAUAUCUUACUGUGCAUCAGAGAAUUCACACAGGGGAGAGGCCCUAUGAAUGUAAGGAGUGUGGGAAGGCCUUCAGCCAAAACUCCCACCUCGCUCAACAUCAGAGAAUUCAUACCGGAGAAAAACCAUAUAAGUGCCAGCAAUGUAGGAAGGCCUUCAGCCAUAUGGCCUACCUCGCUCAGCAUCAGCGAGUUCACACCGGGGAGAAGCCCUACGAGUGUGUUAAGUGUGGGAAGGCCUUCAGCAAUGACUCAUCCCUUACUCAGCACCAGAGAGUUCACACCGGGGAGAAGCCCUAUGAGUGUGACGUGUGUGGGAAGGCCUUCGGUUACUGUGGCUCCCUUGUCCAACACCAGAGAAUCCACACAGGAGAGAGACCCUACGAGUGUAAGGAGUGCAAGAAAACCUUCAGGCAGCACGCACAUCUCGCUCACCACCAGAGAAUUCACGACGUCGGGGAGUCACACUUACCACCCAAUCCCAGCAACCACCAAGUCCUAUAA